AUGAUCGCACUCCGUCACCCCGCAUUACGACGAGCCUCCUUCGUUGUGGUGGCCGUGCUGGUCUCCCUCCUGUUUCUUGGUGUUGCCAGCUCGAGGGAGGUCGUCGUUGGGGUGCUGGACGGCACCCAUAAACUGACAGCGGAGGACAUUACGACGGGAUUUAGGGCGAGCGAGAAAAAUUUUGUUACACGCUGUGGUGAAUUUGACGCACACGGCGACAAGUUUGUCGUGAUACUUGAGAUGGGGAAAUUCAGCGACUAUCUUGUUCCCAAGGCGGGCGUUACGCUCUGUGGCCUUCUUACCAGCUCGACAACGGCGCAAAAGUAUCUCCACGCCCCGCAGGAUCCCCGCGAGGCUGCAUGGGAUGGUCAUACCUUUCCCAUUGCACCGUCCCUCUACACGACGGCGUUGGGCGGGUCUGCGGAAGGCUACGUCAGUGGCGGCCGGAGCACACUGUCGUUUUGGGGUGAC